UGCGAACGUCUUUUGCUCCAUUCAUGGCGUCCUCGGCCAUGGUGUUCUCCGCCGUCGCCGAAGCCCAGCAGCAGGAGCAACAGCCGCAAUGCCACGAACAAUUGGUGUACCAAGAUUACCACCACCUUCAACAACUACCCCAGUCCACCUACGACCCGCAGUCCCACGCGCACGAAGCUUACUACACUUACCACUACGACUACGACCCCUCCUCCGCCGCCGCCGCAGCCUACCACCACCACCACUACUACUCCCAUUAUUACCCCCACGACUACUCCUCUGCCACCGCCUACCUCCCGCCUUCCCUGCCGGCGCUGGCCCAUCCCGACCUUGCCUCCACCGUCGCAGCGGCAGCAGCACCGUCCCAUGACCCCUCCCAGCACAACCACGACCAGGCUGCCCAUGCGAACCCGCCGCUGCACGAACAGCCGGCGGGGCCGUCGUCCUCGGGGUACCACGUGGCCCCGGAGCCCAACCCCUCGGCGGCCGCGGCCGUGACCGCAUUUUCGCAGCUCACGCAGUUCGCCGGGACCAUGGAGGCUGCGGAGCGUGCAAUGGCUGGGAAGCAGGAGCGGCGGUGGCAUCCCAAGGGCGGGCCACAGCUGUCGAUGGCGCAACAUCGUCGCCAACGUCGGCCUCGACACCACCAGCCGAGCGGCUACCACAGGGAAGUCUGGGUGCGUCCAGGGGUCGCUGAUGGCGGCACAUCUUCAUACAAAUGUGGAGGUAGAAGAGGUUGCGAGCCUUUUAUUCGUGGUGCUGUCAGAGGCAAUUCCAGUUAUCACCCUUCCAAGUAUGACAACAGUGUCCGUUCCUUCCGCGGUAGAGGUCGAGGUCGAGUAGGUAAUGGUGGUGGUAGGCGAUACUAUCGGUCUGUUCCUGAAAGACAACUGCUUGAUUCUGCACCUGCACCAAUUAUGGAAUCAUCAUCAGUUGCAGAGCCAGGGAUAGCAUCAGGGCAGACACCAUUAAAGGUAACAGCACUGGCCACAGAGACAACACAAAUGUUACCAUGGCAACCUCUCCUCCUGCUUGCUUGGUGCGAUAUUUGUAGGGUGGACUGCAAUAGUUUUCAAAACUUAGAACAGCACAAGAAUGGAAAGCGACAUAAGAAGACAGUGCAAAGAAUUCAAGAGAUCGAAGCUCAGCAGAAAGUCAUGGCAGAAUUAGAGGCAAAGGUUGCUUCGAAGCCAGAAAUAGACCUUCAAAAGAUGGAAGAGAACAAGUAUCCCCUUUUGGGUGAAGCAAAAAAUGUCUUUCAUCAAGCAAUCGAAGUAGCGAAUGCCGGAUCAGAUAAUGUCCUUGUUUUAUCAGGGAAAUCUGAGUCUUCAAAGGAGGAGGAAGCCAGAGGUGAGGCACUGAUGUUUGAUGAACAAGAAAUCAUGGCAUCAUCUAUCGAGGGACGAACAAGGAGAUCAAGAAUGGAUGCUUUUGACAGGUAUGACAAGAGGUAUGGCGAAAAGUGGAAGACGAUGAGGUUUGGACAUGAUGGAAGGCGGUUGAGAAGACCUGAACCAGUCCGAAGCCGGCCUCUGAUGCACCCCAAGGAACAGCCCAGGGUCUGCACACUCUGCAACGUAACGUGUGAUACGCUAGCGGUGUUCAAGUGUCAUCUGUCUGGUAAGAAACAUAUUUCUCGGAUCAAGAGGUUCCAAUGUCAACACUCUGUCUAUGGGCAAAUUAGCCUCUACAUUCCUCCCAACCAGCCAUCAGCUUAUCCACCUCAAGCUCCACAGCCAUUGUUUUAUGGCCUCAAGUGUCAUGAGUUGCUGCAGCAUGCGGUGUAUGAGCUAGGUGCUGUUCAAAUGGAAGGUUAUGGACUUCAGCAAGGUGAUCAAGCCGAACAAGGUAAAACAGCUGAUAAUACAGCUCUGGAGUCUCAAACUGAGCAGGCCUCGGAACAACCUGAAUAUAAAUGUUCCUCGUCUAGGUUUGAGGAGGCCACCAGCAUGGGCACUGCAGGUACAGAACAUAAUUCUGCUUUUGCCGAUUCUGAAGACUUAAUUGCUGUUUCCGAAUCCGGAGUAUCUCUUGAUGAUAAACCUCUUCUGCCAAAAAUUGAUGUCAAAGUUGAGUCCAGCGCUGAGAAUGAAUACCUUGCAGCUUGAUCAAUGUGGCAUCCAAAAGUCUUCUCAAUUAUCCUUCAAUUAUGGACUAUUAUUGUCUGUUUGACACAUCAAAAUUGUACCUUGGCUUCUCCUCCUCCUCCUCCUCCUCGCCAUAUGUAGAGACCUGAAGGUUCAACAAAAGCAGGAUCAUGGUUCUUUGAUCAUGGCUGUCAUCUCUUCCUCCAAUAUGUUAUGGUGAAAUCUCUUAUUUCAGUUCA